GUUACUAAUUUGUUGAUUGUUUUUGAAAGAUGCAGUUGUUAUUGGCAGUAACGAUAUUAUUGACCCUCCAUAUAGCUCAAGCGGACAUCGGGAAUCUCGGUCAUCGCAUUACGAACGGGGAUCUAGCUGAGGCGGGUCAGUUUCCCUACCAGGUGGGCUUGAACGUAUCAUUUGGCAAUGCCAGCACCUGGUGUGGCGGCACUCUGGUAUCGCAUCGAUGGAUUCUCACGGCUGCCCACUGCAUGGAUGGAGCGAAGCGUGCCACGGUCUAUUUGGGCGCAAUUAAUGUUACAAACAGUUGCGAGCCGGGCCAGAAGCGUUAUUACGUGACGAGAUCCCACAUCAUAGUGCAUGCCAAUUGGACAGCCAGCACCGUGGCCAAUGACAUAGCUCUCGUGAGGCUGCCAACUUUCGUGGAGUUCAGCGAUCGGGUGAGAGCUGCCGACUUGCCCCGAGGUCUGAAUGGCUCCUACUCCAGCUAUGAACAGGCCACGGCCUAUGCAUCCGGCUGGGGCCGGGACAGCGACAGCUCCAACUCCACGUCGCCAACCUUGCGGUAUGUGGCAAUGCCCGUGAUGCCGCACAGCCGCUGCAAGUUGUUCUGGGGCGGCUCCCUGUCCGAACAGAUGAUCUGCAUGAGCACCAGCAGCGGCAGAUCCACUUGCCAAGGCGACUCCGGCGGCCCGCUCAUCUACAAGGAGGACAGCAACAACUAUUUGAUUGGCAUCACCUCGUUCGGGCUCUCAAUGGGCUGCGAGAUUGGUUUUCCAUCCAUUUUCACGCGGGUUACCAGCUACUUGGACUGGAUUUGGCAGCACAUUGGGGCCAAUAGCUAGACUUAACUUUCAACUGGAUUUAUGGGACAAAAAUAGCAGAGCCUCAAACUGAACCGAAUGAUAAUUUUCAGAAAACGUUUUGGCUCAAAGGAAUAUUUUUGUACUAUUUGAAAAUAUUAUUGCAAAUUUAAAUUAAUAAAAAUAUUUAUAUUUAAUUUAUAAUAAAUUGAAUAGCCUUGAGAGCGAGGCAUUGGUUUGAACCAUUACCCACUAAAACGUUGGUUCAAAUCAAAUUUAAUUUCAAUAAAAAUGAACACUUGACAAGUUAUACAAUAAACUCAAACAACAGUUAAUUUUUUAUUUU